AUGUUCAAAUCACUUUCAUCGAUUCUCUUGUUGUCGUGUUUGAUGGUCUUGUUAGUGGCUACCUCCACUCUGGCCGAUGAAGUUGAAUUGGAGAAUGAUAAGCCAAUCAACUAUAGAAAUAGAAUGUUGGUUGUUUUGGAAUCCGCACAACUCAAGACAAGUCAUUCUAAAUUCUUUGAAGGAUUGAAGAAGGCUGGCUUUUCUCUUGAAUUUAAAUUGGCUUUUGAUUCUAUUUCUUUGAUGAGAUAUGGAGAGAAUUUGUAUGAUCAUUUACUCAUUAUGGCACCAAAGGCAAAGAAGCUCGGAGGUGAUUUGGAAGAUGCCAACAAGAUUCUCAACUUUAUCGAUCGUGGACACAAUGUAUUCAUUGCUGCUCAUGCUGAUGGUCUCUCCCAAACUCUCAGAAAGGUUGCUACUGAAAGUGGAAUUGAUUUGGAUGAUGAAGGAACCAAUGUUAUUGAUCAUUUCAAUUAUGAUGUUAAGCUUGACUCGGACAAGCACACAACAAUUGUUAUUGGAAAUGAAAAGCAAUUCCCAUCAAAGAAGGUUAACAUUUUGGGAGAUGCCAAAUUCUCACAACAACCAGUUCUCUAUCGUGGUCUUGGCAUGCUCUUAAAACCAACAAACAAGUUGCUCGUUCCAAUUCUUAGCGGAGCUUCCACUAGCUAUUCAUAUAGCACUUCUGACGAGAGAGUUCAAUCUGAACCACUAGUGAAAGGAAGAGACACUGUUUUGGUGGGUGCUAAUCAAGCUCGUAAUGGAGCUAGAUUGACUAUUUGCGGCUCAAUGGAUUUACUUUCGAAUGAUUUCUUUGAUGCUUCUGUCACCCAAUUCAGUUUAGAUGGAAAUCACAAGUCCUUUGCUCAUUCUGGAAAUGAAUUAUUUGCUAUUGAGCUUGCUAAGUGGGCUUUCCAAGGAAGAGGAUUGCUGAGACACACUAAGGUACAUCAUUAUUUGGCUGAUGACUCAACUAAAACUCAACCUUCAGCCUAUCGAGUUGGACAAGAUUUGACCUAUACUGUUGCCAUUGAGGAAUGGAAUGGAAAAGAGUGGACUCCAUUUAUUGCUGAUGACAUUCAAGUAGAUUUUGUGAUGCUUCACCCAUAUCAAAGACAAUUCUUAAAGUACGAUCCUGCCACUCAAAAAUACACCAGCACAUUUAAAGCUCCUGAUACGUAUGGUGUUUACAAGUUUGUAGUUGACUACAGAAGACAAGGUUACAACCAGUUAAUAUUUGCUGAUCAAGUCACAGUUAGACCAAUGCACAUCAACGAAUUUGAACGUUUCGUGCCAGCAGCUUAUCCAUAUUACACAGCUGUCUUUGUUAUGAUGGGAGGAUUCUUCGUUUUUGUCAUUCUUUUGACCUUCACCGAAGAGAAGCGAAAGGAAGAGUAA